UAUUGCAAAUCUCAAUCACAAACUAAAUUUUAUUUAAUUAAAUAUGUUUUAACUCGAACAAAAAGUGAUGUCUACAUUAACGAAUCUUCAAAUUAACUUUCCCCAUCCCUCCUCACCUUCCCCAUCACGGCAUCACCCACGGACCCAUAUAUCAUUCUCUCUCCUCACCUUCCCAUCACCCACUGUCCACGGACCCAUAUAUCAUUCUCUCUCUAACAGCUACACCCUGCAGCAACUCCCCGCAACUAGGGCUGGGAGUUUGGUACCGGUAUUUGGGAUAUACCGGAUAUCGUACCGAAUUUGUCUAUAUUUGGUAUUACCGAAUACACGAAUUAAUUUGUGGGAUUGGGAUUGAAUUUCAAAUGUUAUUCGGUAUUAGGGAUUACCGGAUUGGGAUCGAUAUAUACCGAAAUAUAAGCUAGUGUAUAUUUUAUCCUCUCAACUAGACUCUCUCAUUCACUACUACGCGACCCUCAACCACCAAAAGUGUCAUUUAUUUAUACAUAGAUCAUUACAUCACUAUUUCACACUAGUAUUUGAGAUGUUACCAAUUACAAGAAUUUGAGAUGUUAGCUCUAGGCAACUCAAGACUAUUUGCUUAGUCUCUUUUCCCUAAAUUAAACAAUAAAAUCUAAUUUAUAUAUUUAAUUAUUAAUUGCAAAGGUAAUUAAUUAUGUAUUCGAUAAUACCGAUUGGGAUACCGAAAUUAUUUAGGGAUUGGGAUUGGGAUACCGAAAUUAUUUAGGGAUUGGGAUUGAGAUUGAUUUUAGUGUGUAAUUCGGUAUUCGAAAUUUCGGUAUUUGAUAUUGGAAUACCGAUACCGUACCGAUUUCCACCCCUACCCUGCCCGCAACCCUUGCAUUCUGACUCUUUUGAGUUGCGGCCGAUGCUUCCAAAACCUUAUCGUUGUCGUUGCCUCCAACAAUCGUCCCCGUCUCCCCGACCAUCAUCCAAUCGACACCCUAACUCCCUAUCCUCCUGACCUAAUUCACUCCCCUCCCACCCAAUAUUGAUUAUUGAAUCGCCCUCAGAAGAAGAAUUCCCUUCAAUUCACUCCCCUCUCCUUCUCAAUCAGCGACCACGAGAUGUCCUGGUGCGACAACGAGAAACGAGGCGAGAAACGAUGGCGGAGUGUUUAGAUACAUUGGGGGUUUGGCAAUUCAAUUUUGGACACUCCCCAAACGAAGAAGAAAGGCGGAUUUGAGAAGACACUGAAGUGGGCCCAAUCUAUUCUCCAAAAGGUGGGCCUCAAUUAUUUCCUACCAGUUAGAUAAACGCAGCCAAUUCUACUUUGGCCGCAGCAGCGCUCAGCUCCACCCUAGUAUUCUGUAAACCGUGAGUGAGUUAUUUGGCCUUCAGAAAACCCUCUAAAGAAUCCUUCCAUUUCAGUUCAUCAGGGAACAAUGGAGGACGGCAACUCCGACUCCGACUUCGACGUCAUCGAGAUUUCCCCGGCCUCCCUCCCGCCUUCCCACUUGGCCAGGAAGAGAAAACGUCAACAGGCUGUGCUCCUUGAAAUCAUUGAUGUCGAUGACAAAGAUGAUGUUGUGAUCCUGAAUGAGGACGAAGUUCGCAGGAAGUUCGCCCUUGACAAAGGGAAAGCUAUCAAGGAUGAUGAUAACGCUGUCAAUCUUGUUCAAAAUGAGGCCCUACAUACAAGCUUGUGGAAUCUUGAUGGAAAGGAAGACACAUUUUUCUAUCCCACUGAUUUUGCUUCUCUACAAUCAUCAUAUCCGAGUCUCGCGGCCACUGGAGUUGAGGCAAGCCAACCGAAUACGAAGAAUUCACGGGGUUCAAAAUCAAGACAGAAACUACUUGGCAGUACCAAAUCCCUGGUCAAAUCUGCCAGCAAACAGAGUUUUCCAAUGAUGAGUACUAGUGUUGGACUUCGUCGACCGAAUAUGGACUGUAAGGAAAUUUUAAGGAAAUGGAAGCUCUUCAAGCAUUUCGAUCUUGUUGAAGACUAUUCAGACCAUUACUACAGUUGCCGCCGGUCUUCAUCGGAACAGAGGAAUGAGAAGAAGUGGGCAAAAGCAAUUCAAGACGAGUGGAAAAGGCUCAAGAAAGAUUUGCCAGAUACGACGAUAUAUGUGAGGGCGUACGAGUCGAGGAUGGACCUGCUGAGGGCCGUGAUCGUUGGGGUAGACGGAACUCCUUACCACGACGGUCUCUUCUUCUUCGACCUGUUCUUCCCCGAUCUCUAUCCAGAUGUUCCGCCGGAAGUCCACCUCGAUGAUGAUGAUUCUCUCUUGUUAAACCCAAUUUUCAACCACGGAUAUGUGUGCCUCAGCCUUCUCUAUCGACGAAUCGGUGGUAUCGACGAGUUCGAGAAUUGGCAGCCUGGGGUUUCAAGUGUGAUGCAGAUUCUGCUUUCGUUGCAGGCAUUGGUAUUGUGCGAAAAACCCUUCUACACUGAUAGUUCUGAUGAUAUGACGGACUAUGAGGGUAUAACGGACGAUGAGUAUACAAUGGAGGAUAUGAUCACCACCAUAUUCCGCCCAAAAAAAGAAGGGAAAAAAGAAAAAAAAGAGUGCAUCUACUCCCUGCAUUACAGCAUUGUAUUCCUCGAAUCACUCCAGCUAAUGGUUCGUACAAUGAGGAAGCCACCAAAAAAUUUCAAGGAGUUUGUGAGGGGACAUUUCCACAGUCGGGCCAAGGGGAUCGUGGCGGCGUGCAACGCGUACAUGUCCGGCGUUCAAGUCGGCCGGUGGUGUGUGGUGAAGAACGGCGAGGGCGCCGGCGGAGGAGUCGGAUCCGGUAAGAGUUGCCGGCCGGAGUUUAGGGAUUCCUUAGCUAAAGGAAUGGACGAGCUGAUGAAAGCGCUUACCAAGAUUGGAGUAAAAAACUUCGACUAAUUUUUAAGAUUUGCAUGUGUGAAAAUCAGUUUAACGAUUAUGUUACUCUAGUUCACUAUUCAGUAAGGUUGUCAACCCGGUUUAAUCUAUUGCCCGAUCGAGUGGAUUGAGGAUUAAUGGUUCUUUCGUUUUUGUACGGAUGGAUAUAUGAAAAGAAUCAUUAUAUUGUUCAUAUUUGUAUAAAUUAUAUCCAUUCUCAUCUAACAUAUGGGUAAUAACCUUGCGCCAAUAUAACAGUCGGUACAUGGACCAAACAUAUAGUGAAAUCCAAACACACUCAUAUGUAACCUCAAUAUUCAAAUGUUCAAUUUAGAAUUCCAAAGGUAGAGUUAGGCGAACGGUAAUGCUGGAAAAGAGGCGCAUUUUGGAAUCUUAAGGAAAAAAAUGACGCAGUGUGGCCUCCAAUCCGAUAACUUCGCGGCAAGUUGACCCCACGGAUAAGGCUGGAAGUUUGGUACCAAUAUUUGGGAUAAUUGAAUACCGUACCGAACUUAUCACUAUUUGGUAUUACCGAAUACCGAUUUAUUUUUUAGGGAUCAUGAUUAAGGUUUAUUUUGGAGUGUUAUUCGGUAUUACGGGAUUGUGAUCGAUAUAUACCGGAAUAUAGCAAAAUACAGAGAAACAGCAAAAUUUGAAAAUUAAUAAAAUAUAUCACACAACUUUUGAUCAUUCCCCACUUUUUCAUAACUCACAAGUCCCCAUCCAACUCAAUUUUGCUUUCGAGUUUAAGUAACUCUCGUCUCUCAUCUAAUCUCUUGUUAUUUUCAUAACAUCAAAAGAAAAUGCUAGUAUUAGUUGUCUCUCAGCCUCCAAUUCGUCGAAUUAAAGAUUACCAAUGACAAGAACUUGAGUUGUCACCUCUCCUCCCUUCUCUCUAUCCAUGUCGUAGAUCUAGGCAAACUCAAGACUCUUUGAUUUUAGGGGGGUAUUCUGUAUUCGGAAUUUUGGUAUUGAGAUAUCGAUACCGUACUGAUUUCCACCCCUACCCACGACUGUGUGUGACCUGUUUUUCUCACCGGGUCAAGAUCAAAACAGCUCAUCUCUCACGUUGACAACCUUGCUAUUCAUACAACUAGAAAGCGUAACAAGUAUGGUGACAUGAUGUCUGACUACAACAUCUGCUUAGCAUAUCCAAUAAUUCGUACAUUGGGUUUCACUAUUGGGUUUCAUUUCAACUAAUUGGACUCAACUACUCAUUCUAUAAUCUAUGUUUUUCAUUUGCGAAUAAGUUUCUUUUCUUUGAUCGUAAAAUAUUAAAAUUUGGUGUAUAUUUUCUUCAAAUAACAUGUGAGAAUAGUUCGACCUAUCCAGACUUGUAAUUUGUGUAAGGUAUGUAUCAUCGAUCUGACCGGAGCCAGCGCGUUCAGUAAUGGCAAUUUUUUGACCUGACCCAUGCAAUCCGAUCGGCCCGACCCAACCUGUUUGAGGUAGAUUUUACCCGACUUGCAGCAACGUGGGAAGAGGCAUGUAUAUUGCUUCCAAAACUUGCCACACCUCGUUCCUUUCUCAACCCAUUCUAUCACAAUUCUAUCUAUCAACUAUUUAGACUCAUAUAUUCCUUCUACUAUAUUUAUCAUUCAUUUAUAAAACAUUUUCUCUAUGUGUUCUCGUAAAAUAAUUAAAAUAUCCGUUUCGUUUUUCAAAACAGAAUGAAAUCACCCGUUUCGUACUCACAUGACCGCUCCAUUGCCAAAUGACUAAUUGAGAGUUACCGAACCCGCCUUAUUGCCAACUCCUUCACCAACCCAAUCCUUCCCAACCGCCCAAGAUCGAACCUCAAACUCAACCGACCGGCUCAACCAGCUCCUCCCUCUUCCACCUUCCCUUUUACCCUCCCCGCCAAUAUUUUCCCCUUUCCCGUCUUCAAACUCCAGGUCCAGCUGCCAAUUCAAUCAGUGUCCGAUCCAAUGAAACAAAAUCCCAGGU